UUUCUUUUUAUUUCACUUAUCUUUUCCUAUGACUAAUCUCUGAUUUAAUCUUAAAUCACAUUGAGUAACCAUUUAAUAAAUUUAUUCUUAAAUUUAUUACAGUAUAUUCAUAUAAAAUUAUGAAUCUGAAUAAGUUGAAAUAAAGGAAAAUAGAUAAAAUUCAUGAAGAUUUUUUCGUAAGUAUUUUUCUGAGUGUCAACAUCUUUAAACAUGAAGUAUUAGUUCUGCUAACUUGCAUAACUUGUCUUCUUUUUGUGUCUUGUUUAACCAAUCGUGCAAGUAAGUGUCAAGUGUUAUUAAGAUAAUCAAUAUACAAAUAAAUCGACUUUUAAAAAAUGCGCAACCGAGGACAAACUCCACGACGCACAUUCUUAAGAAAUAUCUUAAGUAGAUUUCUUUUCAAUCAAUUUGCGUAAAUCGAAUGCCAUUCUCGAUUUACUCGUCAUCAUCUCUAUAUGCAACAAGUGAUUUUAUAUCUACAGUUGAACAGAUUGCAAAUAAUAAAAAUUAAAGACACUUAAUACAAAACUUUUUCUAAUCCUAUUUAUAAGUAUUAAUUAUAUGACUAUAUAUUCUCUCGAUGUGCAUAAAGCUGUUUACAAAUUACAACAAACUAAUUAGCUACUGGGAGAAUUGUGCAGUGGCGGAUUUCAAGUAAAGUCCCUUGUAGCGUAAUGUUUGCCUAGAAUAAAACUAUAAUUAUACCACGUUCUCCGACGUGUUGCAACUGUAAUAUCAAAUGGUAGCGUGCUUCGAGCUGCAUAAUGCCAACAUGACACUGCAUCAUGGAGGGGAGUUGUAUUGUUAGAAUAUUGUUCUCAUUGGAAACAGCUGAAUGCCUCGUUGUCAUCUGGGUGCUGAAUCGAGGUUUAUACGGCUCAGGUGCAAGUGUGCAUAUUUAUUAUGCAUUAAACAUAUAAGAUCGCGCGACGAAGAGAAAACUAGUAAAUAAAGAAAGAGCGAUAUAAAUAUGAGAAAGAUAAUUUUAUGAAAUAAUUUUGUUAACUAAAAGAGAAUCUUAUUAGCAGAAUAAAGAAUAUUUUUUAAAUUCAAUAUUUGUAAAUUAUUAUAAAAGAUAAAUAUACGAGAUAAGAUAAGUCUUUAAUCGAGAAUUCUAAAGAAGAGCACAUUUAUCACAAGAACCCGAUAAUAUUUGAUAAAGAAAGCUCCGUGAUUUAUAUAAAGUGGUUGAGGUUUUAAAGAUAGAAAAUCGAUAAUGUAUUAUUUCUUUAAUGAUAUAUUUAAACCUUUUGCAAUAUUUGAGCGAUAUUUGAACGGAUUUCAGAUUUCGAGAUAGCAUUAAAGUUCAAUGACAUAGAGAUUCAGGAUCUAUUCCGUCAUUUAUCUAAGCCGAUGAAUCAUUUCAUGUUUUCCGAGUCCGAGCACAUUCCGCGAAGCAGCGUAAGAGGAUCAUCAUCGAGGAGUCAUUACCGCUCUUUUCACGUGACGGUCGCGCGCUGUCAACUCAUCGCUUUGUCUUGCUAAGAAUGUGUAUAAGGCAUACUACAUUUGCAUUUCGAUGUAUCAGUAAAUCUAGAAUUGUAUUAAACAUGCGUCUAAAAUCUUUUAUUAUAACGUCGAUAAAUACCUAAAGGCAACAAGAAAAUAAGAAAACAAAUAUUUAAUUUUAAUAUCAAUUCAAGUUAUAUACAAUAUUCAAGUUAUAUAAUCAAACAAUUCUAAUAUAUCGUUAAAUAAUCUAAAAUAUUAACCACAAAUUAACGAUAUAAAAAUAAAAUAUCAAUGACAAUAUCAUAAAUAUCGAUACAAACGACCAGUAAUGUGGUGCAUGAGCACCACUUGGAUGACUCGUCGUAUUAUGUGAAUUGUCGAUCGCUGGCGACCGAUCGACACAAUCUUGUCUUCAAUUGAUUUCGCGCGUAGACGAACGAUAUUUUUUGCUUUUCUAUUUAAUCUUGCCAUAUCGCGUCUAGAUUGGUUCGGCUAAAAAAAGUCCUCUUGACGCCGAUAAUAUCUAUGAUCGUUUUCUUUCUCCAAGAGGUACGUUUAAUCAAGAGGCGCGUUUCAUCCCCCAUGUAAUGUUCCAGGAUAUGAAACGUAAUGGAUUUUAUAAUGUCUAGACAUCUAUUUCAAAAAGAGAUUUAUAAAAUAUUUAUACAUAUCUGUUGUACUUCGAAUUUAAAUAACGUUUCCGAUUUAGAUGCGUGCAUCAGAUGCAGACGGCUUACGCGCAGUAACAGUAUCAGGCGCUGUUUCGUGUCAGAUUUUAAGGAGACGGCCGGAAGAAAACCAGGCACCCGAUUAAUCUCCGCUUAUCUCUAUCGAAGGAAUAGGCGCGCGUGGUCGAAGGAUCGUUCGCAUUAUUCUCUCUGAAUUGUAGCAACACGAAACGUCAUAAAUAAUUCUAAAAAUAAGCCCCCUAAAGAUGAAUCUUCCAAUUGAAGGAACGGAGAACCGCCACACAAAGGAUGUGCUGCUUCAUAAAUGUACAUGUGCGGCGAUUUAAAUUCUGUUGAAGGAAACCUCUCGCUGUAUCUGCUUCCCAGAUCUGACGUAAAUCAGUUUCUCGGCAAGUAAUUAAAAUUUCCUCUGCAGGAACUAACGAGGACUAACUGUGAAGAAGAGAACCGGGAUUUUUAAUGAAUUAAGAGAUAUGUUUAUGCGAGAUACCCCCGUAAGAUUUCCUGCGACGUUGCACCUCGCAGGUCGAUCGUUACGGACGGACGAGUGCAAGAAACUGCAGUUAUGCAUGUUCCCCGCGUUCAUCGCAUCCAUCGGUUGACCUCCUGUAUGCUAAUUGUCGCGGUUUUAUCUGCACGCGAGCUCACUAUCGUAACGUCAGUUAACGGCUGCGAAAUAGAACGGUCGGUGGGAUUGCACGGAGUACCGAAGAACUUGGCACAACAAACAUAACAUAACGGCGAAUUAUCCGCUCGACCUUAAUCGCGAACUCUGCCAACACAAUGGAAGAGUAUUAUUUCAAAUAUCUCUCUUAUAGAAAAUUAGCAAAUUUAUUUUCGCAACAGAUACAUGUAUGUAAAACGUGUAACAGUUUUGAAGGAUCUUACAAUAAUUUUCUAAGAUGGUACUGAGGUAACUAAUAUUUUGCACUUGGAUGAUUUUCGGAUCGAAACGAUCGAUUAAAAGUUGGAAUAAUAAUUUUCAGCUUUGUUCGAAAAGGGCAAAGCCUUUUCCGUAUUGUCGGCGAAAGGGAAAUCACGUAAGAUCCAGUUGCGAUUGAUAUCGUGGGCGGUGAUAUCUAAGCAAGUUACGAGAGACUAAUUGGUCGUUGCAGGCGACGACCGGAAGUUCGCGAUCAGAGAUCACUGCCGUAAAAUGUUACUAACGGAAUCUUAUCAGUGGCCUUGGUGGUAUUCACUGUUCAUAACGACCGCAAUUUAUACGAUCUAAAGGUCGGAGGUAGAAGAGAAAUGAAGCUGAAGUCAGAUGCGUCAAGUGUAUUUGUGGGAAAGGAGAGGAUUAAAAAAGCAGGUAAUGCCCAAUCGUGCAGCACGACAACGUUGACGACGACAAGAAUACAACCAGAACGUUGCGAGCAGAACGAUCAACGGCAGAGCGUCACGCAACUCGAUGAGGUCGCUGCCAAGGUCGUUACAUGCACCACCACCAUUGUUAUCACGUGCACUACCCCUCGUCACUUUGCCAGGUCGACGAGGGUGGCCGAUCACGGCGAAUUCUUCCAGUGCUCGUCCAGUUGAUCCUCGCCUUUGCGAGGUCAGGUCUGGCGCGCUUGCGGUACGCGAGGGUGACUUGUCGAUUUAGAACGUUUCGUGGUGGGGUGGAUGGCCGUCGAGGACGGCAGGUGGUGGUUCGUGGAUCGCAGAACCUGGCCGCCUGGGGAUGCAGCGACCUGGCGGCAAGACCUACCUGUGGCGGGAGUUUCUGGUGUUCAACACAGCCGCCAAGAGAUUCGGUCGACGGAAGAAGCCCGUUGGAAUGAACGUGUCCACGGUAUUCCCCGAAGGAUACGUGGAAAAUGAGCGAGUGCAUCAGUCAUCAUCAGUGCCUAAAGAAGACGAAGACUUUGAUCAGGAACGACUUCGGCGGAUGAAGGAGUUUGUUGGCUUGGAGGAGGUCACCAGAUUAGAUUUUCUGGUGAGUUUGUUCGCCGAGAUCCUGGGCACGUUUCUGCUGGUUCUCAUCGGCUGCGCUUCCUGCAUCACGUGGGUAGCAAACAUGCCACCGUCUGUUUUGCACAUCGCCUUCACUUUCGGUCUCGCAGUGGCAAGCUUAGCGCAGGCUUUGGGACCGAUUUCCGGUUGUCACGUGAACCCGGCCGUGUCAGUCGGUCUGAUGGUCAGCGGAAACUGCACUUUCCUUAAGGCACUUAGCUACAUGGUCUGCCAAUGCUGCGGUGCUAUCGCGGGAUCCGCCGUUCUCAAGCUGAUGUUACCCCAGUCGCAGGUCACCAAGGGACUGGGCGCCACAACGUUGGGUCCCGAAGUGUCAGUAGGCCAGGGUGUCGUAAUGGAGGCUAUCAUUACAUUUUUGCUGGUAUUGGUGGUGCAUGCGGUCACGGACUCCAAGAGGACCGACACGAAGGGUUGGGCCCCGCUGGCGAUUGGUUUGACGAUCUCGGUGGCUCACAUGGCGGCGGUGCCCAUCACCGGCAGUAGCAUGAACCCCGCUAGAACUUUGGGCCCUGCUGUGGUGCAGAACGACUAUCAGCACAUGUGGGUUUAUUGGGUGGGACCUCUCAUUGGCGGUUGCGUUGCCGGCGGAGUGUACAGAAUGGGCCUAAGGCCUAAUAGGGAGGACGAUGAAGGCUCGUACGAUUUUUGAAGAUCCGUUCGGACCUGAACGCGAGAUGAAUUUUAAUAACAAUUCCGUGAGACCGAAAGUCUCCCGAGUGUAAAUAAAGAGGUAAAAUUCGGAGGAUGAUAAUGAUUUGAUGACUGCGAGAUUGUUUCGUGAUUUUCCGUGACGUUUAACAAAAUUAUUACAAUUUACGUAUACCACAACUUUUUAUAGGAAAUACGUUUCUCUUUAAGUAAAACUGUUGAAAAAUUUACAUGCAAGCAAUAGUUUUUUCUGUACUAUCGCUGUUAAAAUAUAUCGUUCAAUUUUUUAUUCUUAACAUUUAAAGAGAGUCUUUUUCAAUCAAUCGUAUUUGAUCGGAAAAGACCGAAGAAAUUAAGAAGCAGAAACAAUAUGUAUCAAUGUUAUCGUAUAAUAUUAAUAUACGCGCAUACUAAAGAAUUAUAGUAUAAUAAUAUAUUAAGUAAGGGAAGUAUAUAAUAUUACACAGUGUUUAACAUUAUCGAUUAUUAAUGGUCAAAUCGAUAUCCUUUCUCAAAGAGAUUCUUUUUUUACCUCAAAUAAUUACAAGUUAAGUCUUUUUUUCUAAUGCGGAAAAGAAAAACAAAAGAAGAGUUUCUUCUCCAGUUAUCUUCAUCUAACAGUGCUAUUUCAUCGUAACAUCGGUAUUGUGUAAUUCAAGAUCAUUAUCCCGACCGGUAUAUCCCCGUCUUCUAUAAAUUCUACAUCCACUAUUUUGUACAAUCUGCGAGUUUUGUAUAUAGUGUACUUAAAUAACUAGUUGGUAGCAAGGAAUCGAAUCGAACGUAUUGUCCACCGAUCUAGUAUUGCCUAGUUGUAGCUUAGAAUUUAAUUAGUUUAUAGCGCACAUCGGAUACGAAUAAAAAUAUUAACAAGU